CUUUCACAGGCAAAGCACAAAAGACGAGCACAUACGCUCUUUCGCUGAGAAACGGGUUGUCGCUCACACGUCAGCCCAGGAUUCUGCGCGGCGCGAAGCUGGUUGCAUUACAACUGGUUCAUCGGGCUACACUUGCUGCCCUGAAGGGCCCUGGGGACGCCGGGGGCCUGCAGGCAUGGGUCGUUGAUUCGCAGAGACGAUGAACGAUUUCCGCCUUGAGCAUCAACAAAACGCAGCCGCAAAGAUACUGAUCCGCGCCCCGCAGCUCAACCUUUACGCCAGCAAGAACCAGCUGCCCCCGGCGAUUGCGCGCUUCCGGCUUCUCCAGGUGCUGUCGCAGAGCCCCGAGGAGGCCGACCCGGCGCCCCAGCCUGCAGGCGCUAUCCCGCCCGUGCCGCUCAACCCGGCAGCCCCCGCCGCCCCGGCGGUCGCGGCCGACGCCGAGCGCGGCGCAGCACACCACCCGCAAGCUCGCCAGCACCCCGAACAGCACCACCAGCGUGACGAGCAGCAGCAGGCGCAGGACGCUAACAACGAGCCGCCGGCCGCGGACGCAGACAUUGAUUCGGAGUCUGAGGGUUUUGAGUCUGAGCGGGACGACGCCGGCGAUAGCGACGACGACUCGCUUUCAGAUCUCGAAGCCGACGAGGAGUUCAUCGCGCCGCUGAUUGAAAACGAGGAGGAGGGAGGAGAGGGGUUGGAGCAGUUCCUGCCGGAAGUGGUAGUAGCGGCUCAGCAAGGGCAGCAGCAGCAGCAGCCGCAGCCGCAGCAGCAGCAGGUGGAGGCGGAGGCGGGAGCAGGAGGGGCGGCGCAGGGGCAAGUAGCAGCGGGGGCGGCGGCAGCGGCAGGGCAGGCCCAGGCGGCGGCGGGGCCGGGCGGCGGCCAGGGCCUCGGAGGUCCGGGGCUUGUGGGCGAGGGCGGUGAGGGCGACGGCGAGGGAGACGAGGAGGUCCUGCCGGACGCGGCUUGACAAGGCCACGUAUAGCCAGGGCUG